UCAUCGAAUAGUUUCGCGCAAGCUCAUUACAACUGACUAUACAUUCGAAGGAAAAAAUUCAAACUCCUUGAAUAAUCCAUCACGAUGCCUUUAGGAAUCAAUAACCCGCUUCCUUCGUCUAUGGCGUGUAAGUUAUGUUACUACAUUCUGUGGAGCGGCGAACAUAAAAUCAUUCCACUGCAAGAAGAGCACCGACGCUGACAAUCUACUCUUGAACAGCGGAAUGCAAAAAAUGCGGAAAGAUUUUAAGCUCUUUCAUUGAUCCACGACAGUCUUUUGGUCCCGAUAAGAUUAUUCCACCACAUGUCCUUGCGCAAGCAAAGGUUCGUCCUCUUUUCCGCUAUUUCCCUCCCCAGCCUCCCAAUAACCCGAGCUUCCUCACUAACAUUCUUCCCAAACCAGGGUCUCGCAAUCGUGACUGUCCUGAAAGCUGGUUUUAUUGGUUCCGGUCGUUAUGGCAAUGGUGUAGUAAUAGCUCGUCUGUCGGAUGGUUCCUGGUCCGCACCUUCAGCAAUUGGAAUCGGCGGCGGUGGUGUUGGCGGACAAAUCGGUUUCGAACUUACGGAUUUCGUUUUCAUUCUCAAUGAUGCCGCGGCUGUGCGUACUUUCUCGCAAGCUGGUUCUCUCACACUCGGUGGAAAUGUCAGUAUCGCAGCUGGACCGAUAGGACGAAAUGCCGAGGCAGCCGGAGCCGCCAGUAUGAAGGGGGUAGCUGGUGUUUUCAGUUAUAGCAAGACAAAGGGGCUUUUUGCUGGUGUCAGUCUCGAAGGAAGCGCAAUUAUCGAGCGAAGGGAUGCCAACGAGAAAUUAUAUGGAAGAAGAUUCACAGCUGCGGAGUUACUGGGCGGAGCAGUUCGAGCACCGCCGGCAGCACAACCACUUAUGACUGUGUUGAAUUCGAGAGUUUUCGCGGGGCAAAUUGCUGAUGAUGGAACUUAUAAUGAUAUACCUGUUUAUGACGAACGGCACGAUGAUGUGGUAUGGGAAGGUAGAAGAGGAAAUGCCUUUGGAGAAGGCACGCGAAGAGAUCGUGGCACAAGUUUAGGAAAUGAUUCUGAUUAUGUCAACCCUAACCGUCCUCAACGGGCGAGUACAUGGGCCGAUGAUAUUUACGACAGAGCUCCUACCAAUGCAGGUAGAGCUAGGUCUGGAACCGCAUUUGAGGAUGAUUAUGUAUAUACGGAUUCUCCCCGUACACCUUCGACUCAAUUUGGCGGUAAUGGUAGCGGAAAACCAGGACCAGGUAGACCGGCGGCACCGAAACCAAAGUUUCAACCAAAGUCGGCUAGUUUGAGGGGUAAUGAAGCCAUUGCGCAAUUUACCUUUGAUGCCGAUCAGCCAGGAGAUUUAGGUUUCAAGAAGGGUGACGUUAUUACGGUUACGAAGAAGACUGAUAGUAAUGAAGAUUGGUGGUACGUAUAUGUCUUUCUUCUUAUUACAUGUUCUGGCACAUAAGGAUGGAACAAGUGGACAAUCAGGGCUAAUACGUCAUGUGAAUAGGACUGGUACUAUCAACGGACGAUCGGGUAUCUUCCCUUCAAAUUAUGUUAAAAUGCGAGAAUAAAAUUUGUGUAUCAAGCACGGCAUUAUUUCCCAUCUGACUCCACUCCCCACACAUCCUUUUACAUUUCUUAAGCAAAAGAAGAACACUCUUGGUUUGCUUCAGGCAUAUGCUUGUUUUCGUGUUCCAUAUACCGGAGUUCUCGGGGUUCUAUUGCCAUCUCUUAGCUUUUUCAUACUCAUCUCUAUGUCUGUCUGUCAUACUAGCGAAUCGUUUUUUGUUUCAUUACUUUGCCUUUCUUCAUUUGUUAUAUCAUUCUCGAUUUGGGAGGAACAUGGUUGAGGAUAGAGCUUGGGCUCAGGCUUUAGGAUGCGGAUAAGAAAUUUGUGAAAUAACGAGCACAGCGGAAGAUAUUCCUUGAUACAUAGUGAUUGAGUGGUUAUGGAUGGAAAUUUGAAUAUGUGAAUAUAGGAAGAAAAAGAAUAUGAGUU